AUGUUCCAUGAAGGCUCGUUACAAAGCGGCAUUGCGCGUGCCAUCCAGGAACAAAAGCUCGUUGCAUGCUUCGUCAGAGACAAUGGCGCCACGAGCAACGAGUGGGAGCAAGAAUGGCUGAAGAGUGGAUGGCUAUCGAGUCUCCUCGCUCAAAAGGCUGUUCUCUUGCGGCUCGAGGCAGGCUCCACAGAGGCCGGUUUCCUGGCCGCCUUCUCCGACCUCGCAGAGAUCCCAACCUUUGUCGUCAUCCAAAACGGACAGCUCCAAGUGCAACUCAAGAGCAACGUUACCAAGAAUGACUUUAUCAACUCGAUCCGACGAGUCCUGGGUGCCAACCCCAUUCCGGGCUCCACUCCCGCACCAACUACACAAGAGCCGUCUGAGAGUCCGACGACUACAGCAGCAGCCGAAAACGAUCUAUACGGGGCCGACGAACCUUCACCACCUAUACGAGCAGAACCAGUAGCGGUUGCGCCCACACCUUCGACGAAUGCAAAAGGCAAGCAAAAGGCGACGUCUGCGCCCGCGUCAAAGCCUACUACGUCAUCCGGGUCGGUCAACAAGGCACAGCAAGAAGCGCGCGAGGCUUUACGAAAGAAGAAGAGGGAAGAAGCAGAGGAACUUGCCCGUGUAAAGGCACGCAUAGAAGCAGACAAGGCAGCAAGAAAGGCAGAGGCAGAGACAAGAAAAGCAGAACGAGAGAGAGAACGCAACAAGGCAGCCCAAGCACCAGCUCCACCACGGACAAUAACAUCAUCAAGACCAUCGCAGGCAAAGACGGUCAGUCUCAACGUCCGCCUGUUCGACGGGCGAACGAUACGCUCGACCUUUCCACGCGAAGCCACGCUACAGGGUCAAGUACGGUCGUGGGUCGACACAGAAUUCUCCAAACUCGCCCAAGAUGACGAAAACAUUAAUCACAAGCAACUUCCCCCUUACUACUUCCGACACAUUCUCGCGCCUCAGCCAAGCCGUGAGCUCUCUGCCGGCGACGAAAACCUAUCCCUAGGCGACAUUGAUCUCGCACCCAGCGCAACACUGGUCCUCGUCCCCGUAAAGGGAUACUCGGAAGCGUACUCGGUUGCAGAAGGCGGUGCUGUAGGACUUGCGACGGGUCUCAUGGGCACUGCAUUCAACCUUUUGGCAUCAACAGUCGACUUUGUGGGCUCUGCCAUAGGCUAUGGCUCUAGCGCUUCGACACCAGGCCAGCAGCGUUCCAGUGGCAGUGGUCAGACAAUGGCAUCGAGACCUAGUCAAGAUACCCAGCGUGAUGCUAAUGGUGAUGGGGCUGCUGGCACGUCAGAUAGAGCAGGCAUGCGGGUACGCACAUUGUCUGACCAGCGGGCUAGAGAGCCGCAGCAGUUUUACAAUGGGAAUCAGUUGAGCACAGAGCCCAGGCCCGAAGACAACGAUAAGCGCGAUUGAGACAUGUUACUGGCAAAUGACUACCAGGAAUCCUGUACAUGUGCGAGUGGUGUUGGAAAUACGAGUCUUUUUCUUCUUCGUCGCUUUAUUAUCUUACUUUUCUCUGUUCAUGAAUUAGGGAAAUCUGGAGUGACGGAGUAUGAUGCACAAAACUGCCAUCUGCAUUCGUACCAUGCUUAUGCGAAAUACAAAAUGCAAUCUUGCAGUCAUAGGAGAAAGCCGAGCCUCUCGCUUUUUUCUUUUGUCCAAUGAAACUCAUGGGAGAAAGUUG